AUGACGGCCUGCAAAAUUGAUCAACCUGAGCAGCCUCAGCCAGCUGCAAGGAGAGCUUCCCCAAGGCACAGACUAGAGGAUAUCACAGUUGCCACUCCUGCCAUUCCUAUAGCUCCACCAACUACCCCAGCUGCAUCUCAGCCAUCCACAUCAGCAGAGCUGAGGAUGGCCAUUCCUAUAUCCGAAUAUCGAGAGUUGUGCCAUGCACUGGAGACUCUUACAGCUUCUCAGAGCAAUCUUGCUCAAGAGAUGGCAUCCAUCAGAGCCUGUCAAGAGCAGAUGUUGGCCAUACAGGCCCAACAAGCUGCCAUCUUAAGGCAGCUCCAAGUCCAUUUCGAUUUGCCACAAGCUGUAAAGCCCUCCACAUCUACUCCACCAGAGCCACAAUCUCAGCCUGUAGAGUCCCAUCCUCAAGAAGCCCCAGCUGAUGCACCUACAGAAGAAGCAGCAGAUCCAUCUGCCUAG